UCGAGUUUUGCCUUUGAGUGUAGCAGCUUGUAUAUCCAAAAUGCAUAGGCACGCUGAAUGGAUCGUCGCCACAAUUUCGACCAUAUGUCUUAUCCUGACGAUUGCAGUAUAUCUUUACGUUAAGAUGCUGCGAAACACGCUCGGCAAGUGCAUUGUCAGCUGCCUUUUGAGUAUGGUGAUGGUGCAAGUUAUUUUUAUACAAAAUUCAUUAAAUUUUUUGUUUCAUCUCUUCGCAACAUAUUGCAUAAUUAAUGGAAAGGUAUUUCUUUUCUCCAUCGCUUUUGAAUGGACUCGGAACUUUUUCCAGUAUGCGUACUUCAUUUGGCUCUCUGUCAUUAGUUACCACUUGUGGCAAGUCUUCAAAUCGCCCAGGAGCGAUGACCAUUCAAGAUCAUUUUUGGCCUAUAGUGCAUUUGUCUGGAUCACGGCUGGUAUUAUAACAGGGUUUUUCUUUUUUUUGAAUGCUCAAGAUGAUGAGAGAUUGACAGUUUUGUGCAUGUUACUGGGAUCGCUGAUCUUCCAUAUCUUUAACUUAAUAAUGUUUAUCCUGACAACCAUUAGUAUAUGGAAAGUAAAAGGAGAAAUGAAAAGAUUUACUAGAAGGAAGGACAAGACAACGACCUGCUUUAAUUUUGACACCGAAACUUAUUUACAGUUCCUACGAAUGUCCAUUAUGAUGGGCUUGUCUUGGAGUUUUGUUAUUGUUGUUUAUGUAUUUAAUAACUUUUUUUCAAGCUUUAACCAUUUGCAAUUCAUAAUCGAUUUACAUCACGCUUUUGUUAUAUACGUUUUUAUCCUGCUGAUUGUUAAGCGCAGCACCAUAAACUUAAUCAUGGAAAGCAUUCGCGAAAGACAAAUUAAGCGGCGUGUUCGUGCUCAAAUGGAAAGAGACCUGCCUUGAUACAGUCUCGUGUCUCCUGUCGCGCUCCAAAAGUGUGGAUCAUUUUUAUAACAAUUAAAAUUGAAAAA